UCCAAGAUCAAACCUAGAUUACAAUUUAAGACAGUCUGUGUAAUAUCCAUACAUACAUACAUACAUACAUACAUACAUAUCAUGAAUGAGUAUCACGCAGGUUCAGGUGAGGAAAUGAUGAUCGUGUGGGGCGAGGAGAGUUCACCGCCGCCGGCGUCCAAGAGUACUUUCCGGUGCAGUUUCUGCAAACGAGGGUUUUCGAACGCGCAGGCAUUGGGAGGUCACAUGAAUAUCCAUCGCAAGGACAGGGCAAAGCUCAAGGAAUUUAAUUUGGAUGUUAAUGGUGAAGAAGAUGACAACAGCGAUCCUCCAUCCAAACAAAAACCACUCACUUCGAAUCCCCAAAUCCAAAUUAAGGAUGGUGAGGAAAAUAACCCCAUCGAUUGGUUGCCCUUGCAGCUGGCUGAUUCAUAUGCAGCAGUUGAAGGAGACCGCCAUCAUCAUAAGGUGCAGCAGGAUGAAGAAGAAGAAGAAGAAAAAGAAACAGUAGAAGACAAGAGAAAGGAGACGAUGAGGUACGCCGAAUUAGACCUUGAACUUCGAUUAGGGCCUGAGCCUCCUCCUCACGAUGCAAAGUCAAACUCCUGAGAGCUGAUUGAUCAGCACCCAUCGAUAUUGCAUCAUAUAUAUAUAUAUAUAUAAAUUAUAUAUAGAACACACACACACACAUGUGUGUGUGUUUGUAAGAAACAAAGAACCU